AUGUCGAUUGCAGAUCGGCAAUGGGGCAGAUGGCCCGCGGUGCAGAGUAGAAAGCCACUCGCUGUCUCUCUCUCUCUCUCUCUCUCUCUCUCUCUCUUUCUUUCUUUGUCUCGUUUAAUUCUAAAAAACAACGAAGUCUCAGUGAUUCCGCCCGGAAGAAGCGCCGAUAGGGAUGAAGAGGAGUAUAUUGGAUUCGCUACGUUGCCCGAGCAAGUCCAUAGGAAGGCUGUUAAACGAGGAUUUGACUUCACUCUGAUGGUUCUUGGUGAGACUGGCUUGGGCAAAUCUACCCUAAUCAACUGCCUGUUCCUCACAGAACUUUACAAGGACAGACAAAUCAACAAUGUCGAAGACCGAAUACACAAGACGACACAAAUCGAGAAAAAACAACUGGAAAUUGAGGAGAGGGGUGUGAGGUUGCGACUAACGAUUGUUGACACACCGGGCUUCAAUGACUCUGUGAAUGGCGAAGAAACUCACAAACCCAUCAUAGACUACAUUAACUCCCAAUUUGACCAAUAUUUCCAAGAUGAAUGUGGACUCAACAGGAAAAACAUUCAAGACAAUCGAGUCCAUUGCUGUCUUUAUUUCAUUUCACCAUUUGGUCAUGGCUUAAAACCUGUUGACAUUGACAUCAUGAAGAAAAUUCAUCACAAAGUAAACAUUGUACCUCUUCUGGCCAAGGCUGACAUUCUCACACCCUCAGAAGUAAAACAAAGAAAAAAAAAGAUUCUCGAUGAAAUUCAAAAGCACGAAAUCCAAAUCUACGAAUUCCCCGAGUGUGAUAGUGACGAAGAUGAGGAUUUCAAGAAACAAGACCAAGAACUAAAGAAAUCGGUUCCAUUUGCAGUCGUUGGUUGUAACAGUGUGGUUGAAGUAAAUGGUAAAAGACUUAGAGGAAGAGUCUAUCCAUGGGGAAUUGUUGAAGUUGAUAAUCCAAAUCACUGUGAUUUCAUUCGCCUUCGACAAAUGUUAAUCAGUACACAUAUGCAAGACUUGAAAGAUGUGACUGCAGACGUUCAUUACGAAAAUUACAGAGCUGACUAUUUAGCCGACCAAAUGAAGAACACCAACAAAGAACGCAAGUGA